AUGGCCGGUGAGCGUGGCAGCGACGAGGCGUUUGUGCAGUUUUCGGCCAUGGCGGACACUCUGUGGCUGGCCAUGGUGGCGAUAUCUACGCCACCGUCUUGGGAAGCAGGCUCAGCAGUGGCGGCCAAAUGCGCAUGCAUUGUAGGGGGGCAGGAGCACGAGCAGACUCACCUUCUUCCCGAUAUUUUGACGGUUGACGAGGCCGUUACAGAAGACGUUGAGUUUUUUGUAAAGUGCGAUGUAAACUUCAUAAAUUGUGCCAAGAAAAAGAAAAAUGUAACAAGUCUUCGCAUCGAAAGCGUUCAGCAGGAAUGUCAGCGCGCGUCCUCUUGCCAUAGGGUCUACAAGUACGAAGAAUUUGCCGCCACCAGACCGGCCAGCCAGGUGUAA